AUGCCUCAGCUUCCCAAGGGCCUCUCGGCCGUCCUUACAAAGGCGCCCUCCGAUACCGUCAUCCUCUCCGCGGUCCGUACUCCCGUCUGCCGGUCUUACCGUGGUCACCUCAAGGACGCCUACCCUGAGGAGCUCCUCGCCACUGUUCUGAAGGGAACACUUGAAGCCAACCCUUCGCUGGAUCCCGCUACUGUCGACGAUGUGGCUGUCGGAGUUGUGCUCUCCGAGCUCGGAGGUUCCAAGGCGGCUCGCAUGGCCCUCAACCACGUCGGCUUCAAGAACACAACCAGUCUGUACACUGUCAACCGCGCGUGCUCAAGUUCGCUGCAGGCCAUCACUACUGUGGCGGGCCAGAUCAGGACAGGCAUGAUCGACACCGGUAUCGCCGCGGGCAUGGAGAGCAUGACGAGAAACUACGGAUCCAAGGCCAUCCCCGUCGACCUGUGGCCCGAGCUGCGGGACUCACCCAACCACCACGCCCAAGACUGCAUCAUGCCCAUGGGCCUUACCUCUGAAAACGUCGCCGAGAGGUACAAUGUCUCCCGAGCGGACCAAGAUGCGCUCGCUGUUGAGUCUCAUCGACGAGCUGCUCGUGCGCGGAGCCAGGGUCACUUUGACGGCGAGAUUGUGCCGGUUACGACGAGGUUCCAGGAGGUGGAUAAGAAGGGUAACAAAAUUGGCGAUGAGCAGCAGAUCACCGUCACUGCUGAUGAUGGUAUUCGCGAGAGUGUUAGCAUUGAGGCGUUGGCCAAGUUGAAGCCUGCGUUCAAGCCUGAUGGUGCUUCGACAGCUGGAAACUCGAGUCAGGUGUCUGACGGUGCGGCUGCGACGCUUCUCAUGCGAAGAAGCACGGCUACCGCGCUUGGUCUCCAGGAUCAGAUUAUCGGCAAGUUUGUAUCUGCCGUGACAGUCGGCUGCGACCCAGACGAGAUGGGCAUCGGCCCCGCUCUCGCAAUCCCCAAGCUCCUAAACCAACACGGCCUCACAAACGAAGACGUCUCCCGGUGGGAGAUCAACGAGGCCUUUGCAAGCCAAGCUCUCCACUGCGUGCGAGCCCUCGGCCUCGAGGACGCGUGGGCCAAGGAGAAGGUGAACCCCGAUGGAGGAGCCAUUGCCCUUGGACAUCCCCUCGGUGCUACCGGAGCUAGGAUGACGGCUACGUUGUUGCAUGGGCUUAAGAGGGAUGGUGGGGAUCUCGGUGUUGUUAGUAUGUGUGUUGGAACUGGUAUGGGUAUGGCUGGGUUGUUUGUUCGGGAGUGA